CAGAGAGAAAAAUGGCAGGAAUCAUCCACAAGAUAGAGGAGACCCUUCACAUGGGGGGAGGGCGCAAGGAGGAGGAGGAGAAGCGCAAGGGAGAGGGGCAAGGGCAUGGUGGAUACAAGGGAGAGGGGCAAGGGCAUGGUGGAUACAAAGGAGAGGGUCAGGGGUAUGGGCAUAGUGAAUACAAAGGAGAGGGUCAGGGGUAUGGGCAUGGUGAACACAAGGGAGAGGGUUAUGGGCAAGGUGAACACAAGGGAGGGAUAAUGGAGAAGAUCCAAGGACAUGGACAUGAACACGGGCCUGUUGGGGAGAAGAAGAAGAAGAAGGAGAAGAAGAAGCACGAGCAUGGCCAUGAACAUGAUGGCCAUAGCAGCAGCAGCAGCGACAGCGACUAGACCACCCCCUACCUCCUCCCUUCUUCUUCCCACCUAUGGUGAAAAUACGUACUAGCUGGGGAAAGCAAGGAAAGAGAAAAAGGAGGAAGAAGAAACAGGAGGAGGAAGAAAAAAAAAAAUCUCAUAGGUGGUGGGUCAUUUGCUUUUGGCACUGGUGUGGUGUUCUUGGUGAAUGUGAGGCCUACUGUAAAAAUAAAAUAAUAUUGUAUGAUGAUAAUAACAAUGAGAUGUUUUAU